AAGGUCUUCAGCAUCUAAAAAUAAAAUGGCGCGUCAUUACGAGCACACAGCCACAGCAGAAUGAUGCCUGUUACAGACAUGCUGGACAUAUUUGCUUCAGCAGUGUGAUGAUUGAAGGAGGUGCCAGUGAGAUGAGUGACCUCUAAUUCAGAAACCGUAAGAGUAUGCCUCAGGGAAGGAGUGAAGACACACUCAGCACCAGUAAGUCUCCUCUGAGGCUGGGAAACACUGUGGUGCGGAUGAGAUUACAAAAGACAGGGGUAAUAGUGUGUGUGCCACGAAGGAGAAGCUACUUCAAAAAUGAGUCUCCAUGAUGGACGGAUGGCUAGCACGAACGAUGACGCACGUCUGGAAGGCGUAAAGCUGCAGAAUCCCUCAACCCCAACUAAGAAACCUCAAUCUCCCAAGCCUGAAAAUGCCAUCACCAUUGCUGUGUCAUCACGUGUCCUCUUCAACAUGGACCUGGAGCAGCAGAUCUUUAACCAGAAGGGCAUGGAGGAGUACCUUAAAUACCAGAUUGAACAUGAGACUGAACCAUUUGCACCAGGACCUGCUUUCCCUUUUAUUAAGGCUCUGGAAGCAGUCAAUGUGCAGCUGAGGGAACUAUAUCCAGACAGCGAAGAGCUUUUUGAUGUUGUGCUGAUGACUAACCAUCACGCUAAUGUCGGACUCAGACUCAUUAAUUCCAUCAACCAUCACAAUUUGUUCAUUGAGCGCUUCUGCAUGACUGGAGGUAAUAGUCCAAUUGGCUACCUGAAAGCCUACCACACCAACCUGUACCUGUCUGCUGAUUCCAAGAAAGUGAUAGAGGCCUUAGAGCAAGGUAUUGCAGCAGCCACCAUGUUCAAACGAGAGAAAGCGGCGGAGGUGUCUGAGACACAGCUGAGAGUGGCCUUCGAUGGAGAUGCAGUGCUGUUCUCAGACGAGUCGGAGAGAAUCUUUAAAACGCAAGGCCUGGAUAAAUUUUUUGAACACGAAAAGGCUCAUGAAAACAAGCCGCUUGAUCACGGUCCACUAAAAGGAUUCUUGGAGUCUUUGGGAAAAUUGCAAAAGAAAUUCUCUGCCAAAGGCCAGCGUAUGGACUGUCCCAUCCGCACAUACCUAGUGACUGCUCGCAGUGCAGCUAGUUCAGGUACGCGUGCUCUGAAGACCCUGCGUUCUUGGGGCCUUGAGCCAGACGAAGCUCUUUUCUUGGCUGGAGCACCUAAGGGUCCAAUGCUUGCAAAAAUCAAGCCCCACAUUUUCUUUGAUGAUCAAAUGUUCCAUAUUGAAGGGGCUGCAGAGCUGGGAACCGUGGCAGCUCACGUUCCUUAUGGAGUCGCCCAAAAAGUGCCAUUAAGGAAAAAAACAAAGGACACAAAGGAGUUUGAUUAAAAAAUAAAUUGCGUCAUUGCUGGCAUGAAAUAUAUUUUGUUUUGACAGAAUUUUCUUUUAGCUGUUAUGUUCAUCAGAGCGACAUAUUGUACUGUACUGUAUAAUGAUUAGAGUUGAACAUAUGCAGUACCUAGAUUUAUAUUAUACUAUAUUCUAGCUGUGUUAGCAAACCGAAAUCUGUGAAAUCAGGUAUAGCUAAAGAUCAAGAGGAUCAAGCCAUAUACAAUGGUGUAAAAAAAGUGUUGGCCCCCCUCCUGAUUUCUUAUUUUUUUGCAUGUUUGUCACACUUUAAUGUUUCAGAUCAUCAAACUAAUUUUAAUAUUAGUAAAAGAUAACACAAGUGAACACAACAUGCAGUUUUUAAUUGAACAAAAUUCAAAAUACAUGGCCCUGUGUGAAAAGUUGUUUGCCCACUAAAUCUAAUAAUUGGUUGGGCCACCCUUAGGAGCAACAACUGCAAUCAAGCAUGUUUAAAUGACGGUCACACUCGUGGGGUUAACACAACGAAGCUCCUUUAUUGAGAACCUUGUUCAUAAGAAACAUAAAACAUAAUGUUCCAAUGUGCUUUUUUUUCUAUCCAACCACCAAUGCUUACGCAUACAUCUGGCUUCAUCACUACGGAUACCCAUUUAUACAAAUGCUUGUUAAACAUAACAGAACAUUAACCCAAUGUUCUACAAAGCGUUUGCGAUAACUUGCAAUGAGUCUGUUACAGCGCUGUGGAGGAAUUUUGCUCCACUCAUCUAUGCAGAAAUGUUGUAAUUCAGCCUCAUUGGAGGGUUUUCGAGCAUUACCCGCCUUUUUUAGGUCGUGCCACAGCAUCUCAAUAGGAUUCAGGUCAGGACUUUGACUAGGCCACUCAAGUCUUCAUUUUGUUUUUUUUUCAGUCAUUCAGAUGUUGACUUGCUGGUGUGUUUUGGAUCAUUGUCCUGCUGCA